UUCCUCUCAGUCGUCUUCUUCUUCUCGGCCUCUCAGACAUGGAUGUCCGGGCUAAACAACUUUGUCAAGAGUUCUUUCUGCGCCAAAUCAAUGAGGCAAAACGCAUGUACGACCGUGUGACUGUUUGUCAUUGUGAGCARAUUGGUGGUGAGUACUGUACGUGUGCUCAACAUGAAUCAAGUAUGCAAGCUGUUGAUGGUUCAGCCUCUCCCUCUAUUCAGAGUAAUGGACUCAAUGGGAAUGAUACAAUGUGUACUUACAACAGAGAUUCUGCACUUCCAUCAAGUUCCCGAUCUACUGCAGAGAGGCCCAGACCCUUCGUCAAUAAUUCUGAACAUCUAUGGCGGCUUCGCAUGAUGUCUUUAUCAGGUUCGACUUUACACAUKAAACCAUUCGUAAAACAGACUUCCCUUGAUGAACACAGCUACGAUGGUCUCACGAAUCCGUUCGUCAUUGUGAUAAACAACGUGAACUUCAAAGGAUGUCUCGUGCCAAGGAAUGGUGCUCAAGCAGACAUGGAAAACGUCAAGAGAUUCUUGAAAAUAGCUCGCUUCAGCUCAUGUGAUAUUAGCGAAAACUUGGAUAGAAAUUCGAUGCGKAAAGUWUUUGAACGUACUCGAGAAAACCCKGAUUUAGGUAAUGGAUAUUAUCUUACUUUGUUUCGACCAGUGACGGGUGAGAAUCCCUCUGAACGUCUUCUCUGGGCUUUAAAGUCGCCUUAAGUCGCCGCUACUUAAAAAGAGACCCAAGUCCAUUUUUAAGUGAUAAUUGGGUGGGACACAUUUGCGUUUAAGGGCGUCUCGAGGUUACUUAAGGAAUUCGAGUAUUAUCGAGUSGGGUCCCUUGGCAUCUUAAGGCAAGUUAAGGAAAAUUUAGGGAGAACUGGAUGGSAAGCCUUGUCAGCCCAAGGCGUCUGAAGGCGACUUUCUGGCCCGGAGUAGGUGUUAUUGAUAAGAUAUUAUUCUCCUUAUUUUGCGGUCACCUUGUAGAAAAUACCUGUACCCCACCACGAUUAAAUCCUGAAUCCGCCAAUAAUACKCCUACAUGCAAAUAACACCUUUUUCUCCUCAUGCCAAAUCUAGUCGGAUCGCGCCUAAAACGUUGUUCUUUUCCUUAGUGGACUACGAUGGUUUGAUAUGUUUUAUUUUGAGCCACGGCAGUGAAAAAGGGAUCCUGGCAUCGGACAACGCCCAUAUUCAGGUUGAAGAAAUCACAUCCAUGUUUGGAGGCGAUCAGUGUCAAUCUCUGGCAACUAAGCCUAAGUUGUUUUUUAUUCAAGCGUGCCGGGGUGAUGUUGAUGACCGGGGGUUUCCACUUGUCUCUAGGGGCAUGGACGUGGUGCCCGAUAACGAGUUAGAUUUAAGCAAAGUCCCCGUGAUCCUUCCUAGUGACGCGGACUUUUUGGUGGCAUAUUCAACAACUAAAGGGAAGACCUCGUACAGGCAGUUCAUAGCAGAUAGUCGUGUAAUGSAAAACCAUAUGCCAUCGAUGGGUUCGUGGUUCAUUUCUUGUCUUACACAAGUGAUCUUGGAGUAUUCGCAUGAAGACCUUCUCACGAUGCUUACUCGUGUCAAUAAAGCCAUGUGCGAGUUGUACACCAUUCAGGCUUUCAAACAAGUAUCGUGCUACCACUCUGUGUUGACCAAAAAGGUUUAUUUCCCCACUAUCCAACAGAACACGUACAAUGGAGCCAAUUAUAAAGAAAACUAACGGCCUCUGAUAUUUGUCAUAUAUUCAGGCGCGUAGCGUGGACGUUUUAGCUAGUACGCACAUGUCAGGGACCACGACACAUAUUAUGGAUUGGGGGGCUACAUAUUAUGGAUUGGGGGGCUAACGACCCCUGAAGCCGGGAGUAUUCAGGGAGUUCUGGGGGUCCUUCCAAGGAAAUAUUGAAAUAAUAACUUUGGAAAUGUGAUUUCCAGCGUUUUGAGGCUCUUUCUGAUAGCGAAGCAAUGGUGCCAGAGAGCAAGCAAAGAAAAUUAUAUAAAAAAAUCCCGAAAAUUUUAAUAUUUCCUUGUCACUAGUACGCACGUGCGUAUAUGUGUAAAGGACGCUACGCGCCUGAUAUUGCAUGAACGUUUUUGUAACGGAGUAUUCUUACUUUUAUGCCAUGGAAUGUAUUCAAACCUUUUAUGCGUAAGUAAAAAAACAAAACAUCUCCCUGCCCUCGGGGAGAUUUGACACUGUUUUAACAUUACAYUCGAUGGGAAGUCUGGUCAAUUAACGACUAAAUCAAAGGAAAUGAUCRGUUUAGGCGCCUUUUGGGCCUCUCAGGACCGUGACAUUGUUAAAAUGUUAAUUCCCCKAGUACUGCCCGGAGUGAUCUUGGGAGACGUGCUUUUUUAAUUAACUGUUGCGUUAAGACAUACGAAAGGUCACCGAACCUCAAAUCUUUCGUUUGACUUUAAAGGCCCAGUUUGCACCAUUGGUAUAUUUUGAUGGGUAUGUUUCUGUUAGUACUUGGGAGAUGAGCGCAGCAGGAGAAUUAUCGCGCCUCUGUUGUUAUGAUUUACACCAAAAUACUUCUAGUAUCCAAAUAUCACCAUAAAAUGAAUGUCAGAUGGUAGAAAACUCUAAAUUAGCGUUUAAAGUGCUUAGAAAAGUAAGAUGGUCAAAUAUUCGAAACGCACAGUAAAAUUAAAUUUAUAGACUUUCGGUAAACUGAAAAUGGCCGCCUCCAGGCCCUAGCGACCCCCAAAGCAUAACGGUGCACGGUGCACACUGGGCCUAUAAAGUAGUAGUAACCCUAGCCAGUAGUAGUAAUGCCUU